GGGGCAGUUCCUCCCUCACAGCGCCAUCAGUAGACCGCCGCCUCCUCUGCUAUAGCAACACUGCUCCUUCACCAUCUUCCUCCUCCUCUUCCUCCUCUUCUGCCGUCUGUGCUGUUGAUCGCCAAUCUGCAGGAGUAUCCACAGGAGUCAUUCCUUCCUCUUCACAUUUUUUCCUUCCUUGAUUUUGGGCGAAAUCUGGGAGAAUCGUGGAGAUGAUGGGCAUCAAGGAGCGACGUGCAGUGAACGUGAAAGGCUUACUGAGGAGGAACUGGCUGCUUAUUGCGACGGUUCUGUCGGUGCUGAUCGGUAUCAGUUUGGGCAUUGUGGUGAGGGAGUAUGCGACCCUCUCCCAUCUCCAUAAGCAGUAUUUCGGCUUCCCAGGAGAGAUCCUGAUGCGAAUGCUGAAACUGGUCAUCCUUCCACUCAUCAUUUCAAGUAUGAUCACAGGUAAACUGACAGUGUGA